AUGGAGUUUCUACGAAGUCUUUACAAGAACGACGUUGACUUCAAAGCUCUCGCGCUACAGUCAAAGGAGCUUGCGAAAUAUGUGAACUCAAAUGGCCAGCUGGAUUUCAAUGACCCGGAUGCUGUCCGACAGUUGACGACCUCUCUGCUCGAGCAGGACUUUGGUUUGAAGGUGGAAUUGCCUACAGACCGACUUUGCCCACCAGUCCCGAACAGAUUGAACUACAUCAUCUGGCUGCAUGAUCUCGUCGAUUCGAGUGCAGGAACUAUCCACGGUGGAUACGAUCCGAAAAGUGAAGUCGUGGGACUUGACAUCGGAACUGGAUGCUGUAGCAUCUAUCCUUUGCUCGGCUGCAAAGCGCGACCUGGCUGGAAAUUUGUCGCAACCGAUAUCGACGAGAACAAUGUAAGCACUGCCCAGAAAAAUGUCAAACUCAAUCAUCUCGAAUCACGGAUUCGUGUGAUAAAAACAGAUACCAAAGAUCUACUCUUCCCACUGGAAAAGAUCGAGAAGGAAAGCCUUGACUUCACAAUGUGCAAUCCCCCCUUCUACACAUCACAUGAAGAAAUGGUCCAAUCCGCCGAAGGCAAACAACAGAAACCCUCUUCAGUUUGCACAGGCACAGACGUGGAAAUGGUCACUUCAGGCGGCGAAAUUGCAUUCGUCACCAAGAUGAUUGAAGAGAGUCUGCAUCUCCGAACGCGGAUCCAGUGGUAUACAUCAAUGCUGGGAAAAUUCAGCAGCGUGCCCGUGCUCGUUGAAAAGCUCAUCAAGCACGGGAACCACAAUUACGCUGUCACUGAAUUCGUGCAAGGUAGUAAAACGAAGCGCUGGGCUAUCGCCUGGUCGUGGGGAGAUCAUCGACCUGCUAUGACCGCGGCUAGGGGAAUCCCCGGCUUCCCCAAGCAAUUGCUUCCAUUUCCUGCCGACUACACCUUCACAUUACCAUCGGAGAUUUCAAUCGACAGCGCCGUUGCCUCAAUAAAUGCUGAGCUGGGCUCGCUGCGCUGGUACUGGAGUUGGGACAAAAGCCUCAGUGCUGGCGUCGGCUUUGCUGCGGAGAAUGUUUGGUCGAGACAGGCACGACGUAAGAUGAAGUUGGCUGGUCAAGAGGGCUCCUAUGUAAAUUUGGAUGCUGUCCCCGAAGAUGUUGCUUUGGGUGUUCGGAUCCAGGCAAAGCUUGUUCGGGGUCAGUCCGAGACUUCGAGCACGAACGAGGUGCCUGUUUUGAUCAGCUGGAUCCAGGGCACGGAUAGUGUGUUGUUUGAGAGUUUCUGUGGAAUGCUGAAGCGGAAGAUCGAUGCAAGCAAGCCUCAGAAUUCUGAGAAAUAG